CCCAAUUGGAAUGGCCGUGCCACUACCACCGGCGUCCAACCUCCACGCCAUCCUCCUCGUCACCAAAUCGCGUUCUCUUGGCCCUCGACUCGUGUUCCAUUAUCCGCCGCUGUCGCCGUCGGCAGCCGCCCUUGCUGCGGCCAAGGAUCCAGCCUGGUUCCGCAAUGAAACAUCAACGGCAAGCGUCGACUCGCGCAGCUCAGACAGCGAGUGGGACAGCAGCACAGAUAGCGACGACGAAUAUGAUAUCGAAUUGGGCAGUCGCACGAGCGGUGGCCGCGGAUCGGGCAGGACAUUGACAGGCUCAAACUACCGUGAGCGCGACAGAUUGAAGCUUGGCACGGGAGCAUGGGGCAAGCAAGAGACGAUUGAUGAGGAGGAUGUUGAUAAUGAUAAUGGCGAAGAGCAUCGUGUUCAUGGACGGAAAGCAGGCGACCAUGAUUGGGAAACUGUACUUGGCUUCAAGACCGAUGCACUAGAGAAGAUGCUGAGCCCAAGCAAAGAGUUUAAUAAGCGGAGGUUCGAGCUAGGUGUUGAGAGCAUUGUUUUUGUUGGUGCGCCCAUGUUUGUAAGAGACGACGGCUUGUGGAAGAAGCUCAAGCGAAAGAAGAAGAAACGGUCAGAGAAAGAGAAGCUUGAAGACGGUGAUCUGGUGAAGAACCUGACCAGCUCAGAGGACGAGGAUGCUAAUUCACCCAAAGAUCCUGUAAAGCCUGCCCCAGAACCUUUCAUUUACCCUGCAGGGUUUGAGCCGGGCUAUGGUCAUGGGUCAAUGUCCGGCGCAGCAUCUGAAGCCGGUUCAGACACGCGCAGCAACUCGACCACCCAGGACAACAAUCCAGACAUGACCAUGUUCAACGUCGUGUUUGUACUGAAUCCACCUGUGCUGGAGUACCAGCAGCGCGUCAAAGAAAUGUACGACAACGUCACGCGCAAAUACGCCAAAGCGCUCAAGUACGAGGAAGCACGCCUCCAAUACGUUUGGAAAGAGUCGAAACGCAUCAUUGAUAUCAAGCAGCGCGCGAAGGAAACCAAUGAGUCCCUCACUGCGACCUGGCGCAAGAUUGUUAGCACAUCGCCGCUCGCCAAGUCCAUCGCCAUCAUGUUCGAUGCCAUCUCUCAUGACAAGAUAGCGCACAUCCACUUCGAUGCCACUUUCAACACCUCUUUUCAGAUACCACAAGCCGACUCGACGCCAUAUCUGCCCAACUCGUUGGAACCGCAGAUGCCUGGCCUCUGGCUCACGACUUCAAACGUGGUGCUAGAGGAUGACGAGGCACCCAUGACACAGCACGCAACAUUGCUACUACUCGAGGAUACAGAAACCUUGAUCAAGGACCUUGGCGGCGAGUCAACUGGUAAUGCUGCAGCCAUUGCGUUCUACAUACGUAACAUCAUUCCUACCAAAUCACUUUUGAAGAUAUCAAAACGACACAAUAUUCUAGCACAGGAUAUGGAAUAUAUAGCGAGCCACCUGGUGUACUGGCGCCGCGCACGCCUCAUCGCUCCGCUAUCGCCACGAGACACUUAUAUCGUCAGCCCGAACGCAGACAUGACCGUUCUACCUGCCGCCAUCACAGUCUACGCUCAGCGCUUUCCAACCCUUCCCACGUUGCCAAAAGUGCUCAGUAUGCUGUCCGGCACACCUCGACCAUUCAGGAAUUUCAUACCUACUGCUGAGCACCGUGAAGCGUACAUGGAGAUUUUGGCGUGGCUCAUGCGUGGAGGGUGGGUAACACAGUUACGAACAUUUGCAUGGGUGCGUGUUACGCCGGAGAUCAAAGCACAAGUUGCUGCGGAUAUGGAGUCGGAAGAACGUAUCAAGAAAGCAGAGGAAGCAAGGAAGGAAUUACUAAGCGACAACGACUCGGCCGCUGAGAUCAUGAUCCCGAACAAGCGCAAUAGUUUACUAUCCUUGGCUUCGGCGAGAUCUACGACGCCGCUCCGACGCUCACGCAGAGAUAAAGAUAUGAGCGCCGACGGGCAAGAAGACAUGGAAAGCAGUAGGAUCCUGAGCCCCAGACUCACAGCCUCUGCAGCAGUGAACUAUCGCGGAAUCCCAGCUCGACCUGGAUCCGACACAGGAAGCGCCAGCAGCCAGCUUACAGCCAUUGCGCUGAAUUCGUCACAAAGACCUGAGUCGCCAUUGCAUCUUGGACUCAGAGACGCGAAGCCACAUCGCUCUUCGCCACUCCAUGUGAAGCACACAUCCCCAUCUCGCGAGUCAGUAGUUUCUUCCACCUCACCAGCAGACACACCUCCGCCUCCCAAUCCUAAAGACUUCACACACUCUACUGUUCUUUCUCCCCAAAAGGCAUCGUCUCUAGAAGCGCGGUGGCUCGAGAAGAUUGGAGAAACUUUCGAAGACACCAACAUCAUCGCUACAAAUCCUAGCCCGCCGAAGCACGGCGAUGGUGGAUUAGGGGUUACGGGCAAAGAGUUGAGAGAGAGCUGGUUAAUGCUUUUGAGACAUCUGGACGGCAAGCAUGCGAUUGAGGAUGUAUCCUCUAGAGAAGGUAUAAAGAGGAAGAGAGUUGCUGUACUAUUCAAUGCAGUGAGAGAAAGGGGAUGGCUAGUUAUUACGAGGCACUGGUAGAGGCUAGUCUCGCCUACAGAGGAAAGAGAUAUUUGGGAAAUGUUGAGGUUGGAGGUGCUACUUCGCCUACGCUUUUGCAUUGCGCGUGCACUAUUUUAAUACCCAACUGAGGUUGAGGCGACUUGUUGUUCUAGGCGGCUUUGGUUCUCAAUAUCUCGCGAGUCGGUGUGGUGGUUAGUUUCACAACGUUAUUUAUCACAUCGGCGGUGACAGUCUAUGGAUACGUAGAAUGUUACUAAUUAAUAAUGAAGGAGGUUUCGUA